CCAAAACGGAUUCUUGUCCUGUAUAUGUAGAUGGCAUUCGAUAACGGCCACUGGUCUUUGCCAAUAUUUCUUUCUGAUUUGAAAAUACAUCCAGUUUACAUAAACAUCUUGCUCCUCAUCUUCAUCCAGCUCUCAUCAUUGCAUAUCCUCCUCGCGGUGGUCGGGUCUGUUCCAAGCGUUCAUAGAUCUCAAGACCACUCCAAUGUUUGUCUAUCUCAGCAAGAAGAUCGCAAUCCCAAACGGCAUCAAACUACGCACGGUCGCUUGGGAUAACGACCAAGGAUGGAUCGCUUGUGGCGGUGAAGAUGGAUUGCUUAAAGUGCUGAAGCUGGAGGAUGCAUCAGCAAAGAAGGAGAUUGCCGCGGUUGCGACGGCGCCGGAUCAUGCCACUGGGAAGCAGGCGGCAGCGGCAGCAGCACCCUCCACGGCGGCAAAUUUGUCUAUGAACCAGACAUUGCAGGGGCAUUCUGGCUCGGUGGUAGUCUCAACCUGGAACCUGCACCACCGCAAGCUCACGACGUCCGACUCGAGCGGCCUGAUCAUCGUCUGGAUCCUCUACAAAGGCACAUGGUACGAAGAGAUGAUCAACAACCGCAACAAAUCCACCGUCGCCUCCAUGCACUGGAACCGCGACGGGUCCCAGAUCUGUAUCGUCUACAAGGACGGCGCGGUCAUCGUCGGGAGCGUCGACGGGAACCGAUUAUGGGGGAAGGAACUCAAAACGACCCUCGCGCACGUCCAGUGGAGCCCGGACGCCCAGCGGCUGUUGUUUGCGACUGUGGGUGGGGAGUUGCAGCUGUACGACUCCACAGGCACAUUUUUGACGAAAGUCGCCUCGUACUGCUCCUCCCCAAACACCCCGACAACAGUGUCCAAGAUCGACUGGUACAACGGCACCUCCAACUCGUCGGACCCACGCACCCCCAGCCUUGCCAUCCUCUUCGACAACGGGAAAUUGCAGCUGAUGCGGGACGAGAUGGAUACCCAGCCGCUCGUGGUGGACACCAACAUGCGGCACGUGGAUGCGCGGUGGAACACGAACGGGAGCGUGCUUGCCGUUUCGGGCGUGCAAGUCGUUAAAGCCGCCGGAGGGGAGGAGAGGGAGGUUGCAGUUGUGCAAUUCUUUGAUCCGUGGGGGCAUUUCCUCCGCUCCCUAAAAGUCCCCGGCCGGCUCAUCUCCUCCCUCUCGUGGGAACACACCUCGCUGCGGAUCGCGCUGGCCGUCGACUCCUUCAUCUACUUCGCCCACGUGCGGCCGACCUACACCCACGCCUAUUUCGCCGACACGCUGCUCUACCUCCCGCCUUCGUCUCCCUCCACAUUGGUGUUCUGGAACACCAAGACCAACGAUCGAUAUACCAAGAGUGUGGGGAAGGUGGUGAGGGUUGCUGCUGGGGGGGAGGUAGCGGUUGUUGUGAGUAAGAGGGAAGAGGAAGGGGAGGAGGAAGGGUGGUGUGUGAGUGUGGUGAAUGCGAUUGGGAAAGAGCAGGAGUGCAAGUAUGUGGGGUUUGAGCCCGGGUUUGCGGCGGUGAGGGGCAAUGUCGUGGUUGUGGCGAGUGGGGAUGUGGUCUGUGUGUGGAUGUUUAGACAGGGCGGGGCAGGGAGGUUGACCGCGCUUGAUGUGCUAAGAAGAACAGAAACCCGCGAACGCCUCUUCCAUAUCGACGACCUAUCCCUCAUCGGUUCCUCGGCUCCCUCCGCCUCCCUGUCCGACCUGCGUUCUCGCCCACCCACCACCGACCCAAUCACAUCCCUCUCCCUCACCCCAUCCACCCUCCUCCUCGCCCGGCACUCCGGCGCCCUCCUGCACCUCUCCCUGCCCUCCCUCACCCUCGAGGCCAAAUACACGCUCCCCGGACGCGUGAGCUUGAUGGCGGUGAAUUGUGAUGAAAGCAGGGUCGGGGUGGUGGAUUCGGCGGGGGUGGGGAGGGUUUUGGGGUUGGAGAGACGGGGUGGGAAGACUACUGGAGGAGGGAAUGGGAGUGUUGGGGGGAUGGUUGGGGGGAAGGAUGUGAAUGGUGGACAGAUGUUGGCGUUUGAGCGGAAAGAUGUUUGGGAUCUCAAAUGGGCAGACGAUAACCCCGAACUCCUGGCGGUGAUGGAGAAGACGCGCAUGUAUGUGUUUCGCGGGUUGGAGCCGGAGGAGCCGAUCGCUUGUAAUGGAUAUAUAUGCAGCUUCAAAGACCUCCAGAUCAGCGCCGCGCUCCUAGACGAAAUCAUGCAGACGCCAGAUAAACCGAGCCGGGACUGGAUCCUCAACCUCGAGACCAAAUCCCUCCGUGACACCCGCAACAUCAUAGCCCGCGUAGGCCUCCCGGACGCGUACCAAUUCGUCGAAGACAACCCGCACCCGCGCCUCUGGAAACUCGUCGGCGACGCCGCCCUGGAACAGCUGGAGUUUGGGAUCGCGCGGAAGACGAUGGUGAAGCGGAUGGAUUGGGGCGGGUUGGUGUGGUUGAAGCGGUUGGAGAGGUUGGACGACCCUCAAAAGCAACGCGCAGAGCUCCUCCUCGCGCUCUCCCAACCCGACGCCGCCGAAAAGCUGUACCUGGACAUGGAUCGCAAAGACCUCGCGAUCGAGAUGCGGGAGCGGAUCGGGGACUAUUUCCGGGUCGUGCAGCUGAUCAAGAGCGGGGGCGGUUGGGACGACGUGUUGUUGGAGCGGGCGUGGGAUCGGGUUGGGGAUUGGUAUUUUGAGCGGAUGAAGUGGGCGCAGGCGGCGAGUUAUUAUGCCCAGGGACGCAAUGUCGAGCGGCUCGCUGAGUGUCGAUACCUGAUUGAAGACUAUGACGGCCUGGAGGCGCUUGUGGGCACGUUGCCUGAGAAUAGUUUGCUGCUCAAGGACAUUGCCGAGAUGUUCGUCAAAGUCGGCUUAGUAGAAGCGGCCGUGACGGCGUACACCAAGAUCGGGGACGUCAAGUCAGCUAUCGAUACCUGUGUGCAGAUGAACCAGUGGAAUACAGCGAUAACCCUCGCUAACAAACACGCGCACCCGGGCAUUGAGGCCCUGCUGACUCAGUACGCAGACCACUUGCUCGAUUCAGGCCGCACGCUGGAUGCGAUCGAGUUGUUUCGGGGGGCGAAUUAUUGUCAGCGGUCGGCGGCGUUGUUGUAUGAGAUGGCGGAGGAAGCAGCGAAGGCAGGCAAGAACCCACUGACGAUCAAGAAGAUGUAUGUGCUGGCCGCGCUCGAGGUCGAGCGGUACCAUACGCUCACGCGGAACGAGACGCAUCGGAGCUCUGCUGGGGCUGGUCGUAGUGGGAGUGCUGGUGGACAGACGGAAUCAGCGACCCUCCAAGCCCUCCUCGCCGAAGACGCGCAAUCAACAACGACCUCCGCGGCCUCCUCCAAGUUCCUCGACAAGGCCUGGCGCGGCGCCGAGGCGUACCAUUUCUACAUACUAGCGCAGAGACAGUUUUAUGCGGGGAACGUGGAUGGGGCUGUCAAAACCGCCCUCCACCUUCGCGACUACGAAGACCUCCUCCCCGCCCGCACCAUCUUCACCCUCCUCGCGCUCGUCAGCUUCUACGCGCGGCGCUUCGGUGCCUGCUCGAAAGCGUUCAUCAAGCUCGAAUCGCUACCCGGUGCGAACGAGGAGGAGAUACGGGCGUAUGAGGCGUUGGCGUUGCAGAUAUUUGUCAAGUUCCCGCCGCAUGAGCCGAAGGGACAUCAUGUUGCGUGCACGAAUUGUGGCGGGGCUAUUCGGGAUACAGACACCUACUGCACCCACUGCCACAUCACCUUCCCAACCUGCAUCGCCUCAGGGCAGCCCAUCCUCGACGGCCUGCAUUUCAUGUGCCAUGUGUGUAAACAUCGCGCGAUCGAGAGCGAGAUUGCGGCUUUGAAGUGCUGUCCGUUGAAUCCUGCCAGCAAGAUUGGUUGCCGUGAACGCGACGGUGGUGCGAUCGUAGCACUGUCCGUCGGCGGGCGGGCGGAGACUCUUCGUGUGUACCAUAUCAUGUAA